AUAUCACUGAAUCAUUUUUUGAUUAUAAAAGGGUCAUCUGUAUUUUAACAUCCUAAAUUCAAAUAUUUAAAAUGGCUGCUAUUCGUAAGCGCUGGGUCGGUGGAAAUUGGAAGUGCAAUGGGUCGUUUGAGUUGGUGUCUACAUUGGCCAAAGCCUUCGACGCCUUCAAAUUCGAUGGCAAUGCUAUGGAUGUGGUAUUAUUCCCAAGCAAUUUGUACAUCACCAAGGCCCUGGAAUGCUUCGACAAGCAACGCUUCAAAAUUGGUGUACAGAAUUUCUCCCAGGCUAAAUGUGGCGCCUUCACCGGUGAAAUUGCAAUUCCAAUGCUCAAUGAAUUAGGUCUUGAAUGGACUUUGAUUGGCCAUUCUGAGCGCCGCACCCUGUUUGGCGAAACUGAUGCCAUUGUGGCGCAGAAGGUCAAUACCGCACAGCAAGGAAAACUACGCGCCGCUGUAUGCAUCGGUGAGAAUUUAACUGAGCGUGAGUCUGGUCGCGUGGAGGCGGUAUUAACCACUCAAUUGGAUGCGUUCAUGGGAAUGGUCACUGAUUGGGACAUUGUUGUAAUUGCUUACGAGCCCGUAUGGGCUAUUGGAACAGGCAAGGUUGCUACCUGCGAGGAAGUACGCGAGGCUCAUCAGAUGAUCCGUGACUACAUGACCUCAAAGUUAGGCUCUGUAGCGGAGACCAUCCGUAUUGUCUACGGUGGUUCCGUCAACGAACAGAAUUGCCAGGAGUUGCUUCACGUCCCAAAUAUGGACGGAUUCCUCGUGGGAGGUAAAUCCAUAACUCCCGGUUUCGCGGAUAUCAUGGAGGCCGCUUACAACGUAAAGUAAUUCGCUAAGGCCCUUUAUCUACCACUCGCCAAUCUACAGUGAUAUGCAUUACACCUGGUACCGUCGAUACGUAACUAAUUGCAAAAGGUCAAGCCUCGUAGUACCGGUUGAUGCGUUAUCAGUAGCAAAAUUCGUUGAUAACUGUAGACGGUCUUGUUUUUAUUAGCCUUCCUUACACAUGUUAUAUAUGCUAAUUUAUUACGCAUUAU